AAGGCACUUUGUCGCGUAACUGGGUGACGAGUAUGCUUUGAGAUUGUGAUAAGUGUAGGCAAGGUUUCCAUCAGAAACAUUUGCUAUACAGUAAUCUUGACUGUAUUUGUAUACAUUUUGUUUGAAUGAUGCACACUGUGGACAAAGGAGAUUUUCUAAUUCAUUAUUUCAUAUAUAUAUAUAAUUAAUUGUUAACAAAUGAUGCGAGUAAAAUGUUUUUUUAAAUUUUGGUGAUAAAAUUCUAUGGUUGUAUGUACAUAGCCUUAACAACAACUGCGCGCGAUAGGCACUGAAUCAGAAUUUACUUAUCUUUCUCCUUGCCGGUCGGUUCAUUACGACACUCAAACAAAAACAAUUACUAAUGACCUCAUAAAAUGUCGAAAAUGUCAAAAUUACAGAGACAUCUAAUGUUUUCAGAGACUUUUCAAGAACGCCUUUUACGCGGUACCUGGCCACUAGUGUAAAUUUCUGCGACAUCAAACCUGUAUGUUGCCUUUAGCAUACAUCGGUAAACAAAACUUCUUUAAUUAUUUGCAAGAAUCUGAACUGAAGUAUUGUUUCCACUUUUCUAUAAACUUUGACUUGAUGCUUUUAAUUCUAGAUUCCUGCACUCUACUCAUUGCAGUUGCCGCAGGUUAUGGCUGGGGCUUUUCUGAUGCAGAUGGUUUGGUGAUGUCUGAUAGUAUUCUAGACUUCAUUGGUGAAUUGCGGCUACAAAACGAAAGUGAAUGGAUCUCCGUUACAGAGGCCGUGAAAAAAUUUUUCUUGGAUAAGGUUCCUUGGAGAGCGUCUAGAGGUCUGAGCACGAGUAAUGCUGCGAUUUUCCAGUCAAGCGUCAGUCGAUUUGAGCUAGGAUCUGUUGCCUGGACGCCUACAGGGUUUCCUGCAGGUAUCACGCCUUGGACAGCAGCAUGGCAAGAUAGAUCAAAACCUUACCUGACUAUUCGUCUCAAAGAUGAAACAACUUCAACAUUUGAUUCAGUGGCAUACUCUACGUCUUUAGAAGAUACUUCGUUACAAGAAUAUUGCAGAUUGAUUAAGCGGUACAGAAAUGUGCUGUUCAUGACUGACGACACGAUAGAGGCUAAGCAUUUCAUUUCCUGCUUCUCCCAUUGGCUCAAGACCAUGGACGAAAUUAGAGGCAAGACAAGUUUUAUUGCCAGCGUUGAAGAGAAUGAGAUUUGCACUGCUCAGGAACUUGUGAAACUGUUACGAGAAUAUGGAGCUUUGGUUGAGGUGAAUCGCGAGAGACCGAAGUGCUCAACAAUUAUUCUGAUCGACGUUGAUUUCAUCCUUAAUCGAAAAUUAUCUUCGGAUGUCUUUGUUUGGCUUGGAAAACGUGGAACAGAAGAACCCUUCUAUCUAAGCAAUGGCAUGGAGUGAACAGUCAGCUUUACUAUUUGCAAAAUGACGUCAUCGUACUUGCAUAUGCAACGAAGACAAGGUAAAUAACCCUUACAGUAUAGAACAACGGUAUGUUAGGUUUCCGCUUUUCCUUGCUAUUUGGAGAGUCAAGGUGGUAUUAAUUGUUGGAAAUAUCAUUUAUUUUUUGUCAUCAACUGUCUUGCUUAAAGUAAAGGCGAUUCCUGUAUGCGAGCCGUGCCCAUAGGCCAAAGCAUGGAAACAAAGGAUGGCCAGUUCCUUCAAUGCAGACUUCAUCACUCCCCCCCCCCCCAAAAUGCAGAUACUGUUCUAUUCUCGUUUUCUUUAGCUUCCCCGUCGUUGUUAGUCCUUCCCUAAAUAAAGGAUAGAGCCCAACCUUCAGCUUUCAGAACUGCAGCAAAAUUGCCUUACCGCGGUCGAUAGCCUGAGCUACUAAGGGACAUAUAUUUUGAAGACAGUACAGCUGAUGUUAUUUACAGCUGCUAACAAACCUUUAAGGCUGAUAGAGCGCUAUCCACGAGAGCUAGAAAGAAGACAAAAGUUCCAUGAGACAAAAAUUCCCUUUAUUAAAUCGAACAUCUACCCAAUCUUUAGCACCAUGUUCCCUGCCAGAGUUUGAAAUAACAUAUCAUUUUGAGUAAUCCUGCUCAUGCGACUAAGAGAUGUGGGAUCGGCAGAAUUCAGCUUUGUAUAUCGGAAGUAAAUUGCUUCAGAUCUAGUUUGCCAAAGCAAGAAUAUUUCAACCCUUUC